CAGGUUCCAAACGAAGAAGGUCUGGUUGACACUACCAAACAUCCAUUUGUUCUACAACAGAGCACGAAUUGAAAUGGCAGGGGGAGGAAGCACAGUAUUUUGGAGUCUGUUUCUUGCUGUUGUGCUUCUAAGCAACAGUUGUUCCGUGCUUUGUGCAGAUGGAGAGACAGCUGUUCAAGGCGACGACCCCCUUCCCUCGCCCAUCCCGCUGACCAUCAAGGAAAUCCACAAAGUGAUGCGACACGACGACCCGAGCGGCAGACAGCAGAAUAUAAGGCUGGUUGUUGAUGAGCACGACCCGAUCUCAGGCGCCGAAACGUUGAGCCUGACUGUGCAAACGUUCGACAACGAGACGAUUACAUACGAAGCUGUCCAGGUACCGGAUCCAAGUGCCACGGAAUUCGAGUUCGAAGGGAAUUUCGUUGACGCGAAGGCCAUCUCCGUGGAAGCCAAAGGGAACGGGUCGACGCUGGCUUACGGCUCCGUCCACGCGGACGUUACAGACCCAGGAUCGAGAGUGGCGUGGGUGGGGGACCCUAAGACGCCGUCCCUGAGGGUGGAUCCGGGAGGGAGGGCGCAGGUGGAAGUCCCUGGCCAUCCCCCCUGCGUGAGGAAGGAUUCGGGAGGCCCUUGCUAUUACUUCGGCCACAGCCACAGCCCUGUGGAGCCUCCUCCUCCCCGCUGCGAUGACCUCGGCCUGAUUGUGUUUUGUGACGAGGUCGUGACCGAAGCGCAGCAACCAGAGGGUCACACACUCCGGGAGCUGUACAACCGAGAGGUCCUAAGAAUCUUCGACCGUACCACAAAUCGUACCGAGGUGGUCGUCUCCAUACCCGAGAACGACACGAUCUUAUCCCCCGACGAUUAUGUCUGCCGAAACUCGUUCCGCGAUAUGUGUGUACAGGCCGUAGACGUUCCUGAGACCUUGGAUUACCUCUACAUUAUAGCUGUUGAUUUGGACGAGGAGGGCUAUGCGAACGUGUCCGAAGGCGCCCUGUUUGAAGUGUUGAAGGCCCGUCUUGUCCGCCUGGCCUACGACGUCUACGAAGUGAUCCCCGAUCCCUCGAACUCCCCCGGAAACUACAGCGUGUUCCUGAACAAAUACGCCUUUGUGUCCUGCAGCGGCGACGGGCCUCAGGACUUGGGGUGUCGCGUGUACUUCGACAAAGUGAUCAAUUAUCGUGAAUUUACGCUGAGGAAGAACGGGCACUCUGACAUUGUGAGUUAUCCGGUGUCUGAGGAAGAUCCUCCGCCAAGCUCAAAGAUUUACAGCAUCACCUCUUUGAGCGAAAGUUCUACGAAGAUGAGGGUGCAGAUCCAAAGUCCCAGGACUGUCGCGAAGGCCGAGUUUGUCUUAUUCGAGAACUACGUCGCCACGAGCAGCCAGGAGAUCGAGGUGUACCUUUCGGAUUCGGGUUAUAUUGUGGACGUGCCCGCGUGCGAAGGGAUAUGCGACUUCGUAAUCCUGGGUUACGGGGUCGAUGGGUCUCUGGUAGAGACAGGACAAGCCUACGUAAAACUUGAAGACCUGGAUAUGGACGUCGCCGAGGUGGGCAGGGAAGCCGAGCAGGACAUUUCGUCCCUUCGAGUGGAAUUCACCGGGGAAAACGAGGUUAUAAUUGAGGGCGUGGGGAAAUGCAAAUUGUAUAGCAGCUCUUGCUACUUCUUCCAACUUGCGAGAGAGACGGUGGAGUCUGCAACGUACUGCGUCAACAUUACCACAUUACACUUUUACGGCCUCAAUAGAACGUGGGUCUUUCACUGCAGCGAUUCUGUGACGCCUUACAGGGAACUCCCAGGCAUCUUCUCCGUGUCCAUUAUAAACAAUUACAAGGUGGUGGUGAGUGGCAGCUUCCCUACCAACUUUACAGAGGUCGUGGUGUUCGACCCGAAUACUCCUGAACAAGAGGUCUCUAUCGGACACACAGAGUGUUCUAAAGUGACUGAGACUACAUCAGAUUGCACGUGUAUUAUCAAUCGAUCAGAUGAUGAAAGUCCUCUGAGGGUGUUGGUGACAGCGCUAGACAGCAAUGGAACUGUUUUGAGUUCGGUGAUGAUGACCUACGAGUAUACGAACCCCAAGAAGACGACGCCCACCUGGGUUAUCGUUGUGUCAGUGGUUGGUUGUCUGGUCGUCGUUGCUGCCGCUGCCUGUGUCUUCUGCCGCAAGAAUUCAGCUUCAGUGAAUAUGAAUUCUGACCACGUAGAAAAAAUAGACUUGUAAGUUAUGAAGUGAAAUAUCUAUAAUCUAUAUAAUCUAUUUUUUUUUCUUCAUAAUCAUCAAAUAUAUAUUUAACAAGAGAAAUAAAAAUAAUUAAAAAUAUUAUUUUUCUCAUUAUAGGCAUGUGGGCUUUUUAUUAUUGUUAAUAAAUAUCUUUUCUGGGGAGCACGUCUCUGAUUUGCAUAAAAAAGUGCCUGAGUAAUAUUGUUAUAUCAUUGAUAUUAUUAUUAUUGCUUUCAUUAUUAUUAUCCUUAUUAUUACUAUAUACUUUUCUUUUUAUUAUUAUCAUUAAUAUUACCACUGUUAUUAUGACCAUGGUCAUGUUAUUAUUAUCAAUAGUAUUGCUGUUAUUGAUAAUAAUCAAUAUCAUUUUCAUUAUUAUUACCAUUAGUGAUGUUAUCAGUUAUUCUCAAUCCCAUUAUCAUCAUAGUGAUUAUUAUCUCUAAAUAAGUUUUCAGUAUUCUCUUUUAGGUUAAAGUAUAGUGGAAUAUGGGAUAAGACUGUAUCAAAACCGAUGGAUUUUCCAAUAAAAUUAUAAAUUCCU